AUGUCUGAGAGAGAGGAGUAUUCAAAUCCUGCUGUUCCUCCUGCUCAUCCCUCAUUACCUCCUCAACCUAGUGGAUCUUCUGGGCGUAAGAAUCGAUCAGAGAUAUGGGAACAUUUCAUUCCAAUCGAAGGGAUAGAGAAGUAUGCAAGAUGUAAAAACUGCAACGGUCAAAUAAAAUAUGCAGGGGGAACAAGUGCUAUGCGGCAACAUUGGAAGCGAUGUUUUGAAUCGAACAACGAACAUAGCAAGAGACAAAGGAUAGAAGGGGGAACAAGUGGUCUUAUAUCCUCACCGAGUGUUACAAAGUUUGACCAAGCAGUAACUCGAAGUAUCCUUACUGAGAUGUUUGUGACUGAAGAGCUACCUUUCCGAUUUGUAGAAAGAAAUGUGUUUCGAAGGCUCUUGCAUAGCAUGCAACCUAAGUUUAAAAUCCCUUCGCGUACUACAUUGGCCCGUGAUAUACUUUCUUUUUAUGAAACAGAGAAAAUGAAGUUACAAAGUUAUCUCUCUCAUCAUUGUCAAAAAGUGUGCCUUACAACUGACACUUGGACGACAUCGAGUCAAAAUUUGACUUAUAUGUCUCUAACGGCACACUUUAUUGAUAAUGAUUGGAAGUUGCAAAAGAAGAUAUUGAAUUUUUGUCGGGUUGAGGGUCAUUCAGGAGAGGUACUUGGUAGAGCUAUUGAAGGUUGUUUGGAUGCUUGGAAAUUGCAUCAAGUUUUUACUGUAACGGUUGAUAACGCAACUUCUAAUGAUGGUGCAAUUUUAUACUUGAAAAAGAGAUUAAAUGCAUGGAAUAGUCUUGUUUUAAAGGGGGACUAUCUUCAUAUGCGUUGUUGUGCUCAUAUCCUAAAUUUGAUAGUAAAAGAUGGCUUGAAAGAGAUUGAUGAUUCAAUUACAAGAAUUCGUAAUGCAGUCAAAUAUGUCAAGUCAUCUCCUAUGAGAUGUGAAAGCUUCAAAGCGUGCAUUGAGCGGGAGAGCAUCAAUUAUAAAGGGCUUGUUUCUUUGGAUGUUGAAACUCGGUGGAAUUCGACAUAUUUAAUGUUGGAGGCAGCAUUGAAGCUUCGAGCAGCGUUUGAUUUGCUUGAGUUGCAAGAUGAUAAAUAUAUUAAUGAGAUGAGCAAAUCUUAUGGUGUGCCUACAGAUGAUGAUUGGACUAAUGCGGAGUCAAUUUUACCAUUCUUGAAAAUAUUCUAUGAUGCUACAUUGCACAUUUCUAGGAGUUUGUAUGUCAGUAGUAAUAAAUAUAUGAAAGAAGUCUUUAGCAUCGGAAGAAAAAUCAAGUUGCAUUGUGAAAAUACUGAUUUGAGCAUAAGAUUAAUGGCGUCCAAGAUGCAAAGGAAAUAUGAUAAGUAUUGGGGAACUCCAAAUGUCAUUAACAUGUUGUUGUUAAUUGCAAUUGUGCUUGAUCCAUGUCACAAGUUGGAUUUUGUAAAUUGGAUUUUGGAUGAGUCAUUUGGUGUUGAAAAGGGAGGAGAACUCAAGUCAAAAUUGUUUACUUGCUUGAAUUCCCUUUAUAAUCACUACCAAGGCAAAGAAGAUGAAUCUCAAAGUAAUCAAGAUGCAAUGAUCAAUGAAGAGGAUGAAGAUGAUAUCCUGAAUAUUUAUUUGCAAUCAACUGGACGUGAUUCAGAUGCUAAAUCUGAACUUGACAGAUAUCUGAAAGAAGAUUCGUUUGAUUUGCUUGAGUUGCAAGAUGAUAAAUAUAUUAAUGAGAUGAGCAAAUCUUAUGGUGUGCCUACAGAUGAUGAUUGGACUUAUGCAGAGUCAGUUUUACCAUUCUUGAAAAUAUUCUAUGAUGCUACAUUGCGCAUUUCUGGGAGUUUGUAUGUCACUAGUAAUAAAUAUAUGAAAGAAGUCUUUAGCAUCGGAAGAAAAAUCAAGUUGCAUUGUGAAAAUACUGAUUUGAGCAUAAGAUUAAUGGCGUCCAAGAUGCAAAGGAAAUAUGAUAAGUAUUGGGGAACUCCAAAUGUCAUUAACAUGUUGUUGUUAAUUGCAAUUGUGCUUGAUCCAUGUCACAAGUUGGAUUUUGUAAAUUGGAUUUUGGAUGAGUCAUUUGGUGUUGAAAAGGGAGGAGAACUCAAGUCAAAAUUUUUACUUGCUUGA